GAGCACAGACACACAAGUGGAGUGACAGACACUCGAUGCUGACAGCCAGAGGAUUAUGUCAUUGAGGCAAUCAUGGCCAAGAUAAUAUCCACGAUCAAGGCAAUACUCACGAGGAUCAUCUUCAGUGCACACAGUCUGCUGGCCAUUUGGCGGGUGACGACGUUCAAGAAUGACAUUAUCUAUUGGACACUAUGCGGGCCACUGCUGCUGCUGCUGCUCGAGGGCAUAUUUACCAUCAUGAUCAAGAAGACGCAGGAGUGGCGGUGGUUCUGCCCCUCGGUCUUCCUAUAUCUGAGCAGCAUUGUGCCGGCCAUUUGGCUAUUGGAGCUGGACAAGAUUGAGCGACGACUGCAGAUAAUCAAUGCCUCCACAAGCAACUCAAAUGCCACGAGUUCGAGCAACUUUAGCAGCAGCCUUAUCGGUGGCAGCCCCAGCGGCAGCAGCAACAGCAGCGGCAUGGAUCCUGUGACGGAUCUACUGGACGAUGCUGGCAUCAAGCUGCCCGUCAUCACUGCGGACACCUGGACGACACUCAUCGAGCAGUUUCUCAUGCUCAUCCUGAUCGUUGGCCGCUGGCUGCUGCCCAAGGGUGACCUCACAAGGGAUCAGCUGAGUCAGCUGCUGCUGGUUUAUAUUGGCACAGCGGCUGACAUCAUAGAGUUUUUCGACUCCUACAAGGAUGACUCCAUAGCACGCAUUGGCUUUCUGGUCUACCUAACGCUGGGCAUUUGGUCCUGGAGUCUCAUGCAGUUUACAAUUGUGCUGUCGGCCACGCGUGGCAGGCGACCCCGAGGCAGUGGCUCACACCAGAAAGAGGAUCACACGGACUGCUGUCAAAACUGCUGCUGUGGCAUCGAUGUGUGGGGCAUUGUGCUCAAUGUUAUACUGCAGGAUGCUCCAUUCCUUACCUUUCGCCUGCUAAUCAUCUUCCAGUAUAAAAUUAUCAACUACAUGAAUGUCUUCUUCACGUGUAAAAACUCACUGGUGAUUAUUCUGCAGCUGUAUCGGCUGUAUGUCGUCAACGCUGAGUUCUGGAAGACUCGUCGGGAGAGUCGAAUGGCCAAAUCGCGGCAGUUCCAGUCGCGACGUCGCGUGCAGGAUGCGGACCAGAACAGCAUUUACAUGAUAUCCAAUGAGCGUGGCGGCGAUGUUAAAAAGAAAAUUAAAAAGGCCAAGGAUAAAGACUAUGCCAUACAGGAGGCCAGCUAUAGCAAAAAGAAAAAGGACAAAAAGGACAAAAAAAAGCGCAAGCGCAAGGACACUGGCUACUCCACGGCCAGCUCACAGAAUUUGUAUUCCACCAAGGCCAGCGGCACCGAGAAGGAACCGCGACGCGGCAAGGACAAAAAGGGCAAGAAGUCGAAGCGCAUCUGCAGCAGCUCGCCCAGCGACUGUGACCUGGCCAAUGCCAAGAAGCUGAAGCGGGCCAAGAACGCCGAUAAAAACGAUAAGAAGAAAGCCCGCAAGAUCGAGGCAGUCAUUGAGGAGUCGAGCAGCAGCAGCAGUGGCAGUAGCAGCAGCAGCUCCGACUCCAGCAACUCGACGCUGCCCAGCUACGAGGUGAUCGACGAGAAGAAGGCCAAGGCCCGUAGGCGCAAGCAGCGGGGCGGAGUUAGUAGCAGCGACAGCAGCUCCUCUGAAAGCAGCUCGGAGAGCUCCUCCUCAUCGUCCUCAUCGUGA